AACUCUGUUAUGCGAUUCAACUUUAAUCACUUAUGAGAAAAUAAAUCCACACCUGUCAUCACAUUCCUAUUUCACGCAAAUUUAGGCGACAGGUGUGUUAAGGCACCUGCAUAAUGGAUGAAGGAGACAGCAUUGGAUCUCUACCUGUCUAUUUUUAAUGACGGGUGAGAGGAGGGAGGUGACGCAGAUAAUAAAAAGUGACAAGUAGACUCCCCGGGUAGUCAGUCAUCAGGAGGAGGUGCAGCAGGUGAGGGCCGCGAACACACCAGGCUGAGAGGAGUAAGGGGCUGCAGAGAAAAGAAAAUCAAGGUGGAUGAGGUCACCUGGAGAAACACUCUACUGAAGAAAAGGAAAGGAAGGCAGAAAGAUAGAAAUGGCGUCAUCUAAGAGGAAACCCUUCUUCAUGGUGACCUACGAGGAGUGGGUGCCGUGGACGCGCGUGGUGCCACAGCGGGACGGCUCGGUGCGGAUCACAGGGCCCAUGGGCAACUUGUUGGACAUCCUCUCCAACAACCUGCAGUUUAACUACGAACUGAUUCGUUCUCCUGAAAAGGUGUGGGGAGGACCCGACAAGAAUGGCAACUGGAAUGGCAUGCUGGGAAUGCUGCAGCGAGAGGAGGCGGAGUUCGCGGUGGGUCCCUUCACCAUCACGUCGCAGCGGGAAACAAUAAGCGACAUGUCUGUCCCGCUUUCUGGAGCAAACAAGGCAAUGAUGAUGGAGAGGCCGAGGCUGCGGACAGACAUGGCGGGCUUUCUGAAGGCCUUCACGCUGGAGGUGUGGCUCCUGACGGCGAUGAGCAUGUUGGCCAUCAGCUGCGCCACCAUAGUGCUGGUGAAGGCCGAGGGACGCGUCUUUGGCCGCGUCGUCAAGAACGUGUACUCGCACACCAUCCUGUGGGUGCUCAAGUCCGUCACGCAGGAGAGUUCCGUGUGGCUGCCGCCCCAUGACGCAGGCCAGGUGCUGGUCACCACCUGGCUGCUGGCGUCCCUGGUGUUCAUGUCCUCCUAUAGCGGCAUCCUCACCGCCAUGCUCACUCUGCCCCGAGUCACCAUCCCCAUUGACUCCCUGGCAGACCUGGUGGCGCAGGACGACCUGCCCUGGAAGCUGGAAGGAGGGACGUCGCUGCAUCAGUACUUCAGGGAGGCGAAGAGCGGCGUGCAGCUGGAGGUGUACCGGCGCUUGGGCGGCACCUUUAAGGACUGCUGGGAGGCGCGGCAGGAGGUGGUGGACGGCAAGUACGUGGCCUUGUGUGACGACACAACCAUCAUUAAGGUCAUGGCGUGGGACUUUGGCACCACCGGGGACUGCCACAUCUACAUGGCGCGAGAGAGCGUCAUCUCCAGUGUGUGGAUGGGAGUUGCCUUCAGGAGGAACUCUUCUUAUAUUCGCCAAGCCAACAGAGUCAUUCGCAUGAUGACGGAGGCGGGGUUGGUGCAGCACUGGCUCAACGAGGAGAUCGGCAGCGUUCCUCAGUGCCUCAGGCCGCCCAGCGCAGACCGCAGUGACGGCAUUGCUGCUCUCAACUUCGAGGCCUUCAGUGGACCCCUGCUGGUGCUGGCGGGAGGAUCCUGUUUGGCAUCCAUCUCCUUCACACUGGAGGUUCUGGUCGGACGCUUCUCAGGCGUCACUGCAAACUGAAGCUGUGACUCAGGAUGGCGACAUGAGUGGCGUUUAUCUUCAUUCCUCUAAGCCAGUCAUCCCAUUUGGUUGAGGAGGUUCUGGAGGAAGUAAGACAGACCAACAACAAAUUUUCUCGAGGAUCUCCAUUCCUGCUGCUAAAAAAAAAAAAAAAAAAAAAAAAUCUACGUCACGUUUCAAAUAAUUUACAA